AGUAGGGUCGGGGUAGGCGCCACAAUCACACAAACUAUGACGGGAGGUUUGGGUGGAGGACAGUCAGAGCCUGCCAGGCCUGACAUCACUCAGGAGCCGUACCAGCAGGUGGGGCCUCAGCAGCAGCAGCAGCAGCAGCAGCAGCAGCAGGCCUGCGCCUGUGAGCUCGCAGAGUUUGUGGCCUGUGCCCUGGGCGACCUCAAACUCUGCGAGGAUCCAGAGAGGCGCUCAAAAGGUGCAUGUCUGCUAAUGGUAAGUGAAACACGUCCAGGCUUUGUAUAAAUGGAGACUGCUUUGUGUCUUAUAGUCGUUGCUUUUCAUCAUUAUUAGUAAUUUGAUAUAUUUAAAGUGAGUGUAGUUAUGAAAUGCUAUAGUUCCUGUUGCAUUUGCGGCAAGCUAAACAUUUACUACGUAUGGGGGAUAGAUGCACAAGCUGUUGCACAUUUUCAGCAUGCUCCUUUCAUCGCACAUAAAAUUCUGUUUAAGUACUCGAUCUUUCUCAUGCAUAUCAAAUAGAUUGACAUCAGGCUGUUGCUUUUUCAGUCUCAUUUUUCUCUUUUCAAACUGAGUUUAACCCAGCAAGCAUCGAGGCUUUGAAUGAGCCCUUAGUCGCUCACAUAUCAAAGCCAAAUGACUUUGCACUAUUCUAAACUCCUGUAAUACCCAGUGUGGCCAUAAGGGGGAGCCUUAACCUAAGUAUGUUAAGUCAGUUUAAACAAUUUAAAGUAUUAACUGUCCUUUUUUAUCUC